UUCCUGGGGCUGCCUAUGAUGAUGUCGCGACCGCCCCCCAGUGCCCCUCGGUCCCGGAGACGCAACUGCUGCGGAGUCCCGAUCCCGCCUGCCUGAGGCGUCCGCGGUCCGGAUCCAGCCCCUCCUCUCUCAGGUGCGGGCCGGGCGGGCAGCCGCGGCAGAUUUUAUAAUGUGGGCAACUUGCUGCAACUGGUUCUGCCUGGAUGGACAGCCUGAAGAAGCCCCACCACCCCAGGGAGCCAGGACGCAAGCCUAUUCCAAUCCUGGAUACAGCUCCUUCCCUUCCCCAACAGGCUCUGAGCCCAGCUGCAAGGGCUGUGGGGCCCACUUUGCCAGCACAGCCAGGAAGCAGACCUGCUUGGACUGUAAGAAAAAUUUCUGUAUGGCCUGUUCAAGCCAAGUAGGAAAUGGCCUCCGUCUCUGCCUUCUCUGUGAACGGUUCCGAGCCACAGCCUUCCAGCGGGAAGAACUGAUGAAGAUGAAGGUGAAGGACCUGCGGGACUAUCUCAGCCUCCAUGACAUCUCUACCGAAAUGUGCCGGGAGAAGGAGGAGCUGGUGUUCUUGGUGCUUGGCCAGCAGCCUGUAAUCUCCCAGGAGGGCAGGACUCGUGCCCCCACCUUGUCCCCGGACAUCCCUGAGCAGCAGGCCUUCCUGACCCAGCCUCACAGCAGCACAGCACCUCCUACCUCACCCACCGUCCCUUCUUCACCUGCACAAGCCACCUCUGCUCCCGCAGCCCAGGCUCAGGAAAGCCAGCAGGCCAAUGGCCAUGUGUCUCAGGACCAAGAGGAACCCGUCUACUUGGAGAGCACAGCCAGAGUACCAGCUGAGGAGGAGACCCAGUCCAUCGACUCCGAGGAGGGCUUCGUCCCAGGCCGGAGGGCCUCUCUGUCUGACCUGACCAACCUAGAGGACAUUGAAGCCCUGACUGUGCGGCAGCUGAAAGAGAUCCUGGCUCGUAACUUUGUCAACUACAAGGGCUGCUGUGAGAAGUGGGAGCUGAUGGAGAGGGUGGUGUGGCUGUACAAGGACCAGAAAGGACUCCAGCACCUGGUGUGUGGUGCUGAAGAUCAAAACGGGGAAGCAGCACUGCCCAGCCUGGAGGAGAACCUGUGUAAGAUCUGCAUGGAUUCACCCAUUGACUGUGUUCUGCUGGAGUGUGGCCAUAUGGUAACCUGCACCAAGUGUGGCAAGCGCAUGAAUGAGUGUCCCAUCUGCCGGCAGUAUGUGAUCCGAGCUGUGCAUGUCUUCCGAUCCUGA